AUGUUUGACGAAUCUGUGCUGAUUUCAGAAAAGCGAAUAACAAUAAGCAGUUUGAAAGUAUGGAAAUUAUUUGCCAGCUCAGCAGAUUAUAUAACUUAUGAAGGGUCAAUGACGUCUCCAGGAUGCUAUGAAACAGUCACUUGGAUCAUCCUUAAUCAUCCAUUACAAAUCAGCACAAAAGAUUUAAAAAAGUGGAGAAAGUUGCAAAGGACGAGUGUGGAAGAAAAGGAACCCCAGUAUGUUGCGCCCAACUUCAGACCACUGCAACUCUCUUAUGGACGGCUGAUCAGAACUAACAUAAUAAUUAAAAAAGUGGAGAAAGUUGCAAAGGACGAGUGUGGAAGAAAAGGAACCUCAGUACGUUGCGCCCAACUUCAGACCACUCCAACUCUCUUAUGGACGGCUGAUCAGAACUAA